CGUUUUUAGGUACACUUUGUGCAUCUCAGCCUUCUCUAAGAGGACUUUACCUUGCAGGCGCGAUUGAUGAUUUCUGGCAGGGAAAAAAAAAAGUUUGAUGGACCGGAGAAGCCUUGUUAAUCAACUUGUGGGGUCCCAGAAAGGAGUGGUUUAUGCUGCACAGAUGCCGACCGACACACCUGGACCGUGGACCACAAAGGCCUAUUUUGGGAACCAAUUUUGUUUUUCAGCUAAACACCCAAAAUCUUUGGGAAGGGAAGUGUGAGAACUUUAGACUGUCUAAUGAGACCUUUUCACAGUUCAGGAAACGGAGACCCGGGUUACCUGCUAGUUAAAGUGCUUCUCUGCCAUACCCUGCUGUGCCUAGGAACAGAAAAAAAUUAAAUGGGGAAAGAAAUGGGAGACUAGGCAUACUGAUACCCUUGGGGUUUUAAUACCACUAUAAAAGUAAAGGUACUUUUCAGAGAGAGAAGAAGGUGACAAAUUUUUGCAUAGAAGGGCGUUUGAGAUGGCAGGUUACAUCUUCUGUUAGAUUAGAACCUCAGACUCUCAGGAAUUUGAUACUGGUGGGAUUUUUUAAUACCCAUAUAAACCCUAAUACUGUUUAAUAAAAUUUGAUUUCUGCAAAUUAGAGAGUAAGGCAUUGCCAUUUCUUUUUGUUACAAAUACAGCUUAGGAGUACAGAGGUCAAAUAUAUUUUAUAUUAAUUUUUUUGCCACAACUAUCAUUAAAGAAAUAACUACAUUUCAAAGUCCUGAAGGUUACUAGCAGAAACAGUGCUGCCACUGAAUUUCCUCAAAUCACUGAAAUACUUAACCAAGAAAUUUUGAGUUGAUCUUUCCUAUUUUUAGUUUCAUUCUGUUUUUAAUCAAUAGUAAGUUGUAAGAGAGACCAAAAUAAAAAACAGGGGGGUGGAAUUUGCGUCACCACCAGAUAGUAUAGCCACUAGGGUUCCUAAAAGGGUGAAAAUGCAUUCAUGUUCCUUUAGGUAUUUUGGGAGAGUUUUGAAAUGCCUGAUGUGCCUAGAGUAUGCAUAUUUCUCCUGAGAAAAAUGGCGAUUUCCCCAUUCAGUUCAACUGAAUGCAGAAUAUUUUCUGCUCUAUUAAAUGUAGCAUUUUUAUAUUUAUAGUUGACAUGAUUGUUUUGUUUGAAAGUGACAAAAGGUUACAUAGGUAACAUUCACGAACAUACUCUUUGAAUGAAUAUGAGUAAAUAAAAGUAUUUUAUUAUAUAUCAAAAAGCCAAGCCUAAAGCAGAAAUGGCUUCAGUAAAACAAAAGUUAAGAUUAUACCACUGCUCUUAGAAAAUUGGAAAAGCAGUAUUAAGUACUACAUCCAUUAAAUUCACAUAAAAACAUGGCUGAUUUUAAAACUAUUUUUAAUAUAGUAAAUUUGCGCUUUCUUCUUUCAUGUUUCUCCAUGUCAUUUUUUUUCUGUGGAAUAUGUAUAUAUAUAUAUAAUGUAUAAUUAUAUAUGUUAAUGGAUUAUCAGGCUGUACCACAUACAUCCAACUCACUCAUUGGUCAUAAUUAGUAUAUUGUGCAGCAGUGAAGCAGUGAAACUUCCAUUAAAAUCGAUGAAACUGGAAGACAAAGCUUUCACUGAAAUGUGGCUUAUGUAUUGUUUUGUCAGGUAUUCCAAAUUUUACAUAAAUUUAUGCAAUAGUAUAAUGACAUAUUGCCUUAAAAUGCAACAUGAGCCUCAACUUAAAUGAAUAAAUAAGCAUCAAAGUUUUAAAAAAGUCAAAUAUUAACAAUACCUUAAUUUACUUCGGUCUAGUCAAUAUAUAUGUUGGCAUGCACGUGGGAGAAAUGCAAACAAUGGGAAAUCCAUUCAGGUAAUUGCUAUUGUCAUCAGAGUGAGAGCUGUAUGACUCAAGUAACUUCAUUUAAAUAUGGAGCUAAGUCCAAACUACUGUGGAAAUCAUGAUUUCCAAAUAGAACUGUAAAUGCGAUAACCCUUAGAAUGUUGCUUAAGUAAUGAAACAAAAACCUAGAGGAGGUAGGAGGCAGCAUAGGACCUUAUUUUUCAUAGAACUAAGUAAAUCAGAUUUACACAUAGACUUGAAACAAAUGACUCUGAGCCUCCUAACAGUCUCCAUUAUCUUUUUUUUUAAUUAAUAUUUAGGGAAUUUGGAGGCUACAUCUCUCAUCUUGAAGAAACAUUUUUCUGAAAUUCUGUCAAUUUUAUUUCCAUCUCCUAUUUUUUUCUCCUGGUAAAUCUAGGUAAAGCUAAAUUUAUUACUGUUGCAAAAGCAUUUAUUAUGGUUCCUUUUUCGUAAAACUUUUAAGUCUGUUCUCCAAACUCAUCAUUUGGUUGGGGUGGUGUUCACCGGAUGUUAAGGAUGGAUAUUUCUAAUUGAUGUGACGAUUAUUUUGCCUUUUCCUAUUUGUACUUUAAUGCUUUGCUUGACUUCUUUAACAUAAUAAGCAUUUGUCAUUAUAAUUGAAAACAUUAAAAAAUAUGAAUUCAUUUACAGGGUCUACUUUGUGAGGUCCGAUUUUAAUGUAUUUCAGCCUAUAGAAACAUAUUUAAAUAGAAGAAUGAAUUCAAGGGAUCAUGGUGAAAAUUCUGGGCACUUUAUUUUAAUAAAUGACUAUAAUAUAUAUUAAUGUGUAAUAAUUAUAUAAUAUAAGAUAUAUAAUAUAAACAUGUUAUGUAUUAUAUAUAAUAUGUAAAAUAUAAUAAUAUAUAAUAAUAAAUGUUAAAUGAGUGAUAUAGUUUGGCAAUAAAAGAAGAAGUCCGAGAAAACAAGUGCUAGAUUAUGUCUUCGAAAAACUGGCUGUACAGGUUACAUGAAGUAGAGCUGAAAAUUGAAUUUCAAGGACUACAUUGUUUUAAAAUCAGUGACUCAGGAUCACAACAGCCAGUUUCCACUGAUUGCAUCAUUAGCCCAUCUCCUCACCUUGGACCACAGUGAUCCCAGUUCAUGACCUGCAAUGAUUGCAUGUCUCCAAGCAGUUAAGAAAAGGCAAAAAGGAAAACCAUUGCUUCACAGCAAGAAGGAAAGGAAGACAGUGAGAAGACUGAUUUUAAAUUCCCCUUUUUAGGGAAAAAAAAAAAGACAACAUUCUGAUGAUGAUGAAAUAGUGGUGGGAUAUUUUGACAAUCUACUGAGCAGUUACAAAUAAGAGUGUGAUUUCAGAAACGUGUCAACUCCUGAAAUCCCAGAAUUAGUAUGCAGUGCUUAGGUAUCAGUCCAUAACUCCAAAUUUGAUGAAGAAGUAAGCAAUUUUCUAUAUCACUUUCAGGUUUUAUUUUAUUUUAUUUCCACAAUAGAGCAUGAAUCCUUCUCCAUCUUGGAAUUGAAUGUUUAAAAUGUGAUUAUAUUUAAUGAGAUUCUCAACUUUAAUUUUUUUUAAAUGCUGGCUUUGUUUGUUUUUAAAGGGCCUUUUGAAACUGUCACUGUUAUGUUAUCUAUUAAUGUUGUUUUAACAUCUUUCAGGAAUAAGUGGUAAUAAGACCUCAGUAGCCAUGGCUAGUUGUGACGUGAAACCAAAAUCAGUAAGUCAUGCCAAAAAGUGGUCAGAAGAGAUAGAAAAUCUGUACAGAUUUCAACAAGCAGGAUAUCGAGAUGAAGCUGAAUAUAAACAAGUGAAACAAGUUUCUAUGGUAGAUCGUUGGCCAGAGACAGGCUACGUGAAGAAACUUCAGAGAAGGGACAAUACUUACUAUUACUACAACAAACAGAGGGAGUGUGAUGACAAGGAUGUCCACAAAGUGAAAAUUUAUGCUUACUAGUCCUUCCUCUUUGUAUUACUUGACAGUUUCUUUUCAAAAUGCAUUGCUUCAUUCCGUGUCAUGUCAGUGUUCCUCAUUUCACAAAAUACUCCAAAAUGCAGACUUCAGUGGAAUGUUUGCGACACAAAAACCGUGGAACUUGGUGUCUCUUAAUCAUCCUUUUCCGUUCUAGCCGGUCAUGCCCGCCUGGGUCUGGUUCUCCCUGGUUUAAGGAUAGCGCACAGCUGCGACACAGGGGAAGGAAGAGCCCUUUGUGAAGCCUUUCCAGGGGUUGUAAAGACGUUCUGUAGAGGUUCACAGUCCCCCUACCCCAGCCGUCACAUCUUCACCUUGAACCUCUGAUCUACAGUUUGUGGCCUGAGGGCUUUCUCUUGCCUCUGGAGUCCUUUUCCUGUUGCUAAGUUGCCUGGAAACACCAAGGAAUGAUAGCGCCUGGGGCAGACGGUCAUCAGAUCUGAUCCCUGCCACCCCGUACCCCAGGAGGAAUCAGCCUGACACUUAUCUUGUCACAGGCAGCAGCGUCUCACUGGCUGACAAAGUCUGUUGCUUGUCUCCGUUCCUUGCUCCUCCUCCCACUUCCCUGCCAGGGCUUCAUUCCCUUCUGAAUCACCUCCUUGCACUUGAAGCCGCAUCCUGGGGUCAGCACCUGCCCCCCCCACAAUGAACAACACGUUCCAGUGCUGCCUAGACUCACUGCAGAAACAGCCCAAAUGCUCACAGGCAAGGAAGCUGAUAAUUAACCUGUGAGACUUGUGAAGUCACCCCAAAUUCGAGAGUCUUGAGGGCUUGGAGAUUAAA